AUCACGGCUGUUUAUUAACCUUCGGCAAGAAUCUCGCCCGAUCGCUCACGUCGGCGUUCAGUUUGUUUCAGGCCUAACUAAAAUUCAAACAAAAAAUAUAUGAAGGAAAAUAUCGAUAAAAUAUCGAUAUCGACAGGUAAUAUCGAUUUCAAUAUCGAUGCGCUUUUAAUAUCGAUAAAACGAAUAUCGAUAUUUUAUUUUUAAUAUCGACAACCCUAAUACUUACAACCGAAGAAAAAAUAGUUUUAAAUAGAAUUCGGUCUGGACACACACUAACAAAAGAGAGAAGAUUCCGAUGGGGAUGGGAAUUGGAUGAGAAUUGUGACCACUGUCAAGAAAAAGAGGACAUUCAACACUCUUUAUACUCGUGCCACAAAUACAACAAUAUUAGAGUGCAGUACCCGACUCGAGAAUACUGCGAACCACUGGAACACAUACUCCUAGAAAAUUGUGAAAGUGAUCUUAAACAAAUAACAGAGUUCAUCAAAGAAGCAAAAUUAAUCGUUUAAAACAAUACCACCCAACAUAAACAUACCAUCAUCACAUAUUCAAAGCACAAUCUAGACGAAAAAGAAAACGUCAGGCGAGAUGGGUCGCAAACGGCCUCAGCCUUCUGCCUCAUAAAUAGCGAACUGCUACGGGCAACAAUCAAAAAAAAAAAAAAAAAAACAAACAUAUUUUUUCCCCUGAACUCCACAACUUGGUUUUCAAAGGUUUUAAGGUUCCUGUUAAAGAAAAGUAGGUGAUGGUGCGUAAAUGCUGCGUUCCCGGGUGCAAUUCAAAUUAUGACGCAGUUCUGCGUUACAGUAUGUCGCCGAUCAGCACCUUCAAAUUUCCCGAUGACCCUGAGCAUCGAAACCGCUGGGUGCGGGCUGUUCGGAGACAAGAGGGCUGGAAACCUGGACGUACGGCGUGCAUUUGUAUUCACCAUUUUAAGCCUGAGGAUAUCCUAAAAUACGAUAAACCGGCUAAACUGAAACCUGAUGCAGUUCCUUCAGUUUUUGGAAGCAGUCAGACAAAGGCGGAUGGUUUGGUGAUUAAACGUGGGAGGCCAAAAAAGGUUGCUGCUAAGGGCCCGUUUAUCGACAGUGAAUCCAACGAUCAACUUCAUACCAAUGACGAGCGCGAAAAUGGAGAACGUGAUUUGAUGGAAGAACUGAUUUUGGACUUUGGUGAUUUUUUAUCGCGAAUAGAAAAAACAGAUUGUUUUGACGGUUGGCAUCAUUACCAACACGAUAAAGUUUUACAUUUUUAUAGUAUUUCGGACGAGAACAAAGAUAAAGCUAUUCGAAUCGAGAAUAGUGUCAAAGUUUUCGAGGAUAUGACUAUGUACCUUUUUCUGAAAGAGACCAAACAAGCGGAUGAGUGUCUACAAUGGAUUUUGGGACAUGAGCUGAAAGUUCGUCGUUGGUCACAGUUUGAUAAUAUUUUGAAAAAAUAUCGUUACGCUUCUACGAGUGAUAAAAGAGAAGAUAGUAAACCUUCGCAAAUCGAACGACUAGAUAAUGCUGAAUAUAUUGAUAACGAAAAUGAUAGUUUCGAGCAAGAAUUAGAAAUAACGAUCGAAAAUGAGAACAACGAUAAUUUUAAAAUAGUCGAUAUCGCCAUAGAAAAACAAGCUACCUCGCGAGAACCAAUUGAAUUUCUUUCGAUAGAUGCCAGUCAAACAAAUAGUUACGAUUGCAUUUCUUUAUCGAAGAAUCCGCUCAACACGAACAAAGGACGAAUACUCACACAAAAUGAUAACUGCGAAAGAAGGCAUGUCAGGGAUACUAUAAGAACUCUUAAAUUGGCUAAAAAUAAAUGCUUCAUCUGUGACCUAGAACACGAAAGUAUUGAAGAAUUCGAACAUCACUUACCAAGUCACAUUAGUAUGAUACCGUAUAAAUGCCAACGGUGUGUUUCGCAGGACGUAACAUUAACGACGCUAGCGUCAUUAAAUAAACAUUUUCUAAUGCAUUUAAAACCACUGAAAUGCCGCACCUGUGAUGUGCGGUUUUCAAGCUACGGGACUAGAUUGUUGCACGAGGAAAACAGUCAUUCGAAUCGAGGACCAAUAUCGUGCGAAGUUUGUGGGAAGGUCCUACGUUCCUUGCGGGGUUAUCAGCACCACGUGAAGGUGCACAGCAAUCCGGAAGCAGUCAAAUGCCAAGUUUGCGAGAAACAGUUAUCUUCUAGUUACGAGUUGAAAUUACAUCUACGAGUUCACACAAAAGAAAAACCAAACAAAUGCCCGUUUUGUACUGCUUCAUUCAACAGAGUUUCGAACCUAGUCGCACAUAAGCGCCGAUUUCAUAGCAAAGAAAAGCCGUUUGUAUGCCUUUUUUGUGAUGACCGGUUUCGGACCAGUGUCGAGCUUAAACGACAUUCUUCUUGUCACAACCCAGAAUCAUCCGAUAAUGUGGCGGAAAAACAAAAUCGGCGAUUGACAAUAGUCGAUUCACAGAAGUUGUAUCAUUGCAAAGUUUGUGAUAAGCGGCUGCCUACUCGAACAAGCUACCAUUCUCACAUGCGUCAGCACAGAAAACGGUUUCAGUGUAGCUUCUGUGGUCUCCAAAUCGGGCAGCGAAGAGAUUUUAUCGACCACGAGAACACCCACACUGGUGCUCGCCCUUAUGAAUGCGAGAUUUGCUCUAAGCGUUUUCAAACAUCAUCCACGUACUACGGUCAUCGAGCAAUCCACUCUGGCGUUAAACGGUUUGCUUGUGAUAAUUGCGAUCGUCGUUUCACUAGACUGAAUCAUUUGAUCGUGCACAAAAAAACGCAUUCGGCACCGAAAGCCAAAUCAGGUAGCAGAUCGUGCAGGAAUCGAGAAACAUUUACCAAGCACUUGAAGUCACAUGAAGAUCAACAAGGAAGAGGGAGUGUAGAUGAAAUAAAACAGGCUCAAUCUACGGUCACGAUUCAAACCGUUUCGGAAGCUAUUCCGUGUACAGCGAUUCAGCAGAGUAAUGCCACCACGGAACAAGUUCAGCAGCUCAUUCGUACUGUCGAUGGACGAGAGGCAAUUUUACUCUCUGCCGACGUAAUCAUUCCCAAUAAUAUUAUAAUAUUGCAGCAACAGUGCGUAGAAACGGAGGUGGAAAGUUGACGGAACGCAAAUAAAUAAUAUUAGUUUGUUUCUACGAUA